UGAUUUCGCGCUUUGGUCGUAGUUUGACGAUAGGAACAAAGUUUGUGACAGAGAAUUUAAUCCAAAAAGAGCUGCGAAUAUUCUAAAACGUAAAAUGAAACGUAACGAGUUAAAUACUAAUCGGAAUAAACCGAUAGGUGCAAAAAUAUGGGUACAAACCAAACUGCCGUUUGUACCAGUAGGUACGUUUGAAGGAGCAGCCGAAGCCACACGCGAAAUGCAUAAGUAUGGGAAUGAAUCGUGCAAUGAUGUUGAGAAUCUACAAAACCAUCAAGAGCAAGACCAAGUUGAUGGCGAUUCGGCCGACGACACAUCCAACAAGUUGUGGCCGGAGGAUUUACAUUUAAUAUUACCAUCAGAAACAGAAACGGCAUCAGAUCACGAAUUGGAAGGUAUAACUAAUAACCCAGCUACAUGUCAGGAACAGGACCAAACGGAAGUCAUAACACAAAGUCCAGUCAAACAAGAAGCUAUUAGUAUUGGUGAUGAUAAUUGGCCAUAUGGAAGUGUAAUAUUACCAUCAGAAACAGAAACGGCAUCAGAUCACGAAUUGGAAGGUAUAACUAAUAACCCAGCUACAUGUCAGGAACAGGACCAAACGGAAGUCAUAACACAAAGUCCAGUCAAACAAGAAGCUAUUAGUAUUGGUGAUUAUAAUUGGCCAUAUGGAAGUGUAAUAUUACCAUCAGAAACAGAAACGGCAUCAGAUCACGAAUUGGAAGGUAUAACUAAUAACCCAGCUACAUGUCAGGAACAGGAACAAACGGAAGUCAUAACACAAAGUCCAGUCAAACAAGAAGCUAUUAGUAUUGGUGAUGAUAAUUGGCCAUAUGGAAGUGUAAUAUUACCAUCAGAAACAGAAACGGCAUCAGAUCACGAAUUGGAAGGUAUAACUAAUAACCCAGCUACAUGUCAGGAACAGGAACAAACGGAAGUCAUAACACAAAGUCCAGUCAAACAAGAAGCUAUUAGUAUUGGUGAUUAUAAUUGGCCAUAUGGAAGUGUAAUAUUACCAUCAGAAACAGAAACGGCAUCAGAUCACGAAUUGGAAGGUAUAACUAAUAACCCAGCUACAUGUCAGGAACAGGAACAAACGGAAGUCAUAACACAAAGUCCAGUCAAACAAGAAGCUAUUAGUAUUGGUGAUGAUAAUUGGCCAUAUGGAAGUGUGACAGAAGUAAUAAAAUCCUUGUUUUCUGUAAAAAAGGAUUCAUGUAAACGUGUAAAAAGAAGGGGUCCUUGUAUUAAAUUUUUUUAUUUCUAUGAUGAUCCACAGCAAUCAUAUUAUGGCACCUGGAGCAAACGAAGUAGUAUAAUAAGCCCAAGGCAACCGUUUGCAAAAGAUUUAGAAGUUUGCGAUUAUAGGUAUGAGUUUGGUUACGAGUGGAAAGAGAAGGCUUUGAGGAAAAACGAAGAAGAAUUGCAAUACGAAGACGACGCCAUCACUAUUGAAGCUCAGAAUAUUGCAGAAGAUCCAAAAAUAGGCCAGAACAGCAAGAAAAUGAAAGGUGGAAUUUUGGGAUGCUUUUGGGCUGUCGAAAAUGGUAACAAGCCAGAUGGAUGUCCACAAGAAAUUUGGGACGAAUUCAAUAAGAAUGCCAUGUUAUAAAAAAAAUAAUCUUUUAACAAAUAUUAUUGUCAAAUGUAGACCUUUAGCAGACUGUGAACAAUCAUUUAUUAAGUCUACAAGUUGAUUUUAACCUAGAAGUUAAAUAACUUAUAUGGAUGCUUGGUAUUACUUUUAUUAUAAACCAGCUGUCAUAUUUUUCAUUUUCA